AUGCCAGUUUUAUAUCAUUUGACUUUAAAGAAGCCAACAGGAAUAACAACGUGUGUUCAAGGGAGCUUCUCAGCGCCGAAGGCCCAGGAAAUAGUGGUCGCCCGCUCACAUAUUUUGGAACUAUACAGCCUGGACUCUAAUGGAAAGCUGCAAACAGUAGCGAGCGCCGAGGUGUUUGGAAUAGUUAGAGCAAUUUCAGCCUUCAGAUUGACGGGCUCACAAAAGGACUAUCUGGUAGUUGGCUCAGAUAGCGGAAAGCUGGUGAUUCUAGAGUUUUCGUUGGAGUUAAAAACAUUUAAAAGAGUACACUGUGAAACAUAUGGAAAGACAGGUGUCAGAAGGAUAGUGCCAGGACAGUACCUGGGAGUGGACCCGAAGGGAAGAGCAGUGAUGGUGGGAGCAGUGGAGCGCCAGAAGUUCGUGUACAUCAUGAACAGAGACUCGAAGGCGAACCUGACAAUAAGCUCGCCACUGGAAGCACACAAGAGCCACUCAGUGUGCUUUGACCUGGUGGGACUGGAGGUGGGAUUCGAAAACCCAAUCUUCGCGUCAAUAGAACAGAGCUACGAAAACGUAGAUAGCCUGCAAAUAGACCUGGACGAGGAGCUGACGGACGAGGCACUGAAGAAAGGAGUGUCGUUCUGGGAGAUGGACCUGGGCCUGAACCACGUGGUGAAGAAGGUGACGCUGCCAGUGGACCUGACUGCGCACAUGCUGGUGCCGGUGCCGGGAGGACCAGGAGGAGUGAUAGUGUGCUGCGAAAACUUCCUGGUCUACAAAAACCUGGAUCACGGAGACGUGUACUGCGCAUACCCGAGGAGGCUGGAGGUUUCGGAGCACGCGAAGCUGCUGAUCACGAGCUACGCAGUGCACAAAAUGAAGGACUUCUUCUUCAUACUGCUGCAGUCGGAGUACGGAGACCUGUACAAAGUGGACCUGAACUACGACGAUGCACAAGUUAAGGAAAUAGUGGUGCGCUACUUUGACACAGUGGAGCUGGCGACGUCGAUGUGCAUACUGAGGUCAGGGUACCUCUUCGUGGCCUCAGAGUUCGGAGACCACCACGUGUACCAGUUCACAGACCUGGGCAGCAACGAGAAGGACCCGAUGUGCACGAGUCUGCACCCGCACUCGAAGAGCGCGAUCAUAGCGUUUAAGCCGAGAGUGCUGCAAAACCUGUAUGAGACGGACAAACUGCCGAGCCUGAGCAGCAUAGUGGACAUGAAGGUGGUGGACGUGAUGGGCACGGGAGACUACGAGUUCAUCAUGGGCUGCGGAAGGUGGUACAACUCGCGCCUGAAGAGCCUGCGCUACGGACUGAGCACGGAGGAGCUGGCGUUCAACGAGCUGCCAGGGAGGCCGAGAGCAGUGUUCACAAUAAAGUCGCUGGAAAGCAACUACGACGAGUUCAUAAUAGUCUCAUUCCAAGGAAACACGCUGGUGCUCUCAAUAGGAGAAGCAGUGGAGGAGGUGACGGACUCGUUCUUCCUGACAUCGAUAACGACGCUGCACUCGUGCUACAUGAGUAACUACCACGCGACGGAGAGCCUGGAGGGAAGGUUCGAAGGAGGAGUCUCGGACGGGAUAUUCGUGCAGGUGCACGACAGCGGAUUCAGGUACUCGCACGGACAAGUGGUGAAGGAGUGGAAGGUGCCGAGCACGAAGAGAGUGAAGUUGGCAGACAAUAACCUGAACCAGCUGCUGCUGGUGCUCUCAGGAGGAGAGGUGGUGUACUUUGAGUUGGUGGACAACGACCUGGAGGAAGUGGCGAAGAGGAACCUGUCGACGGAGAUCACGUGCGUGGCGCUGCAGCACACGCCGGCCUCGAAGGCAGGAGAGAGAGUGAGGAAGGGAGAGUUCUGCUGCGUAGGAAGCAUCGACAACAUAAUCAGAGUGCUGAAGCUGGACAAGACGCUGAAGAUGUGCUCCUCGCAGCUGCUGAGCAACAACGCGCUGCCGGAGUCGCUGGCGCUGGUGACGGCGGAGACAGGGUCGGGAUCUGGAGGAGGGAGUAGCGGAGGGCUGGGCGAGAGUGAGUCGUACCUGUACGUGGGUCUGAACAACGGAAUCCUGAUAAGAAACAACGUGGACAGCUUGGGGAACCUGAGCGACCAGGAAAGCAGGUUCAUGGGCACGAAGGCAGUGAAGCUGAAGCUGGUGCACUACCUGCAGAGACAGUGCCUGCUGCUGAUGACGACGAAGACGUACAUCGUGAUACCGAAUUACCCGACGAACACGACGAAUAACAUGGAAAUACUGCCGCUGCACCUGACGACGGGGAGCGGAGGAAGUUACGGAACGACGGUGGACAGCAUAGACACGUUCAACAGCCUGCUGUGCCUGAACGGGUUCGUGUGCAUAAUGAACAAUAACCUGAAGAUAUUCAAGUGCAUAGUUAACGACGACGUCUUCAGCGAAAGCAGCGUGGACCUGGACUACACGCCGAGAAAGCUGGUGCUGAUGCCCUCGGAGGCGCCCUCAGCAGGCUCGCUCAACUACCUGCUGGCGCUGGUGGAGACGGACCACAACAGCUACAGCACGGAGCAGGCGGAGGAAAUCAACAAGGAGUUGAGCAGCAUAACGCUGGAGUCGGACUGCUUCGAGCUGAAGGCAGCGAAAAACUACAGAGCAGGACCAGGAAAGUGGAGUAGCUGCGUGAGAAUAGUGAACCCGAUGAACCUGGAGACAGUGGUGAAGCUGCUCUUCACGGAAAACGAGGCAGCAACGACAGCAUACACGUGCGUGCUGAACAAUAAGCAGCUGCUGGUGGUAGCAACAGUGAAGAACGUGCACCUGUACCCGCAGAACAAGGUCUACGGGUCGAGUGGAGCAUCAGGGGCAAACGGAUCUUAUGGAAAUUCGGGAAUUACAGGAGCCAACGGAACGAAUGGAUCCAGUGGAUCCAGUGGAUUUUCGGGAAGCGACCAGGGCUACCAGGACAACGACGAGGUCGAGGGGUGCAUAAGAGUGUACGAGUACAACUCGAACUACAGCAACCUGGCGACCUCAGGAAUGAACAUUAAGCUGCUGCAUGUGACGAACACGAAGGGCUGGAUACGCUGCUUCAACAACUACGAAAACAAACUGCUGCUCUGCGCAAUAGGAACCAGGUUGAGAAUGUACGCACUGGGAAAGAAGCAGCUGCUGCUGAAGGGAGAACACAGAAGCCUGACGAACUACGGAUUCAUGGAUAUCAAGGUGAUCGGAAGCAGAAUAUACUGCGGAGACAUAAGAGAAAGCGUGCAGCUGCUGAGAAUCAAGUUCUACGGAGAGGAGACGGGAGAGUUUGAGAUGACAGCGACGAGCACGGGUCCGAGGUGGCUGUCGACGAUGGAGCUCCUGGACUACAGCACAGUGAUGGCGGCGGACAAGUUCGACUCAGUAUUCGUGGCGCGAGUGCCGAACAACGAGGACGUGGUGAGGAACAACUACUUUGAGUACCAAAACCAGUUCCACCUCUCGGACCUGGUGACCUCGCUGAGCAAAGUGAAGCUGAACAGCGUGUACGGAGAACUCGUGGUCUACAGCACGAUCCUGGGCAGCCUGGGAGCAUUCGUGACCUUUACGAGCAAGGACGAAGUCGACUUCCUGCAGCACCUGGAAAUGCUCCUCGCAAACGAGCUGGACACGCUGAGCGGGCGGGAGGCGCAGAUGCACAGAAGCUACUACUUCCCAGUGCAAAACGUUAUCGACGGGGACCUGUGCGAGCUGUACUUUAACCUGAGUAGCGACCUGAAGGCGAAGAUAGCGAACCAGCUUAACGUGAAGGUGGCGGAGGUGGUGAAGAAGCUGAAGAACAUAAGAAACAGAGUAUUCUAA